CCCUUUUGUAGCCUUGAAAGAGGUUGUUCAAUCACUUCUUCUAUAGCCUCAUUGCAUCCCUGCAUGGCAACUGAAAAGCCUGGGGAUAUAGCUGGCAUGGGAAGCGUUUGAUCUUUUGCACGAUUUGACUUCCACCGAGUUUUUUUGGGAUGAGAGCUUCCCCCUUCUGAGCAGUCCCUUUUUCUUCCCUAAGGAAGAACACUAAAAUCCUCACAGAAAAAGCUGUACUGUCAAUUUGUAUUUGAUUCACUUGCAGAAUUCUCCCAGACCGUACUAGUAAAAUUUACCACUGUUGUAUCGUUUACCAUUGGCAAAGGUACCCACUACUAGUCUCGUCACUUUCUCUCUUUCUGCUCAUUUCUGAUUUCUAAAUUCCAUUUUCUUUUCUUUUCUUCAUUUUUGCUGCUUUCCAUAAUAUUUUUGUACUCUCUCUCUCUCUCUCUCUCCACGAUGCAAUUCACUGAGGCUCCACCACAAUCCUUACACCAAAUGACUCCAUUUUCCAAUCCCACCAUGAACAAAAGCCAAUUUCAUAGAACUCGGCCAUGGCCUGGAUUUCCCACAUCAAAGUCCUUGGGGAGUUUCGGUGAUGCCAAUUGCAUGGAGCAACUACUAGUACACUGCGCCAAUGCAAUUGAAAGCAACGAUGCCACUCUAGCCCAACAAAUCCUAUGGGUCUUAAACAACAUAGCAACCCCAGAUGGGGACUCAAAUCAGCGCCUUACUUGCGGCUUCCUCCGAGCUCUUAUUGCACGCGCAGCCAAAACUGGAAGUUGCAAAAUGCUGGCAGCCAUGGCCAACGCUCAUAGCAAUAUUGCUAUAGACACGCACAAGUUCUCAAUCAUUGAGCUUGCUAGCUUUGUGGACUUGACCCCUUGGCAUCGGUUUGGAUUCACAGCAGCCAACGCAGCAAUUUUAGAAGCCGUUGAAGGGUACUCAAUCAUUCAUAUCGUUGAUUUAAGCUUGACGCAUUGCAUGCAGAUUCCUACACUGAUUGAUGCUAUAGCUAAUCGUCACGAGGUCCCUCCUCUAGUCAAGCUCACCGUAGCUACAUCCAUGGAAGACGUCCCACCAAAGCUCGACCUUUCGUAUGAGGAAUUGGGCUCAAAGUUGGUUAAUUUCGCAAGGUCCAAGAAUGUUAUGAUGGAGUUUAGAGUGAGUCCUUCAAGUUACAAAGACGGUUUUGCCACCUUGAUCGAACAACUUCGGGUUCAACAUUUAGUAUACCCCGAAAGCGGUGAGGCACUAGUUAUUAACUGCCAAAUGAUGCUUCAUUACAUCCCAGAAGAAACCGUUAACGUUGCAAUUCCUAGUGCAAACUCUAACCCUUAUGAUUUUGAAUGUUCCUCCACCACUUCCUCUUUUCGGACAAUGUUUCUCAAAUCGCUUCGGAGUUUAGACCCAACCAUUGUAGUUCUAGUAGACGAAGAUGCGGAUUUGACAUCAAAUGAUGUGGUGUCUAGGCUAAGGUCAGCGUUUAAUUAUCUAUGGAUACCAUAUGAUACUAUGGAUACAUUUCUUCCUACGGGAAGUAAGCAGAGACAGUGGUACGAAGCAAAUAUUUGCUGGAAGAUUGAGAAUGUGAUAGCAAAUGAGGGUUUUCACAGGGUUGAGCGGCCUGAAACUAGAAGCCAGUGGGUGCAACGAAUGAGAAAUGCCGAUUUUCGUGGCAUCUCUUUUGGGGAGGAUGCAGUGUCGGAGGUAAAAACCAUGCUAGACGAGCAUGCAGCCGGGUGGGGAUUGAAGAAGGAAGAAGACAAUCUUGUUCUUACAUGGAAAGGACAUAAUGUUGUGUUUGCCACUGCUUGGUUGCCUGCAGCUUGAAGACUUGCUUUCAUCAUGUUUUUAAUCUUAAUCUUCUUCUUUCUUCUUUAAAUUAGCUUCUAAAUCUUAAUCUAGUACACCUAAUUUUAGGAGUAGAUGAGAGCUAGCUCAUUGUGAUCAUGAAGGUUUUUGUCAUCUAUUUGAUACGGUUUCUUGAAGCUAUAUUAAUAACCCAGCAACCUAGCUAAUUAAUUAAAGAAGUCGAUCUCCGGCCAUAGAUCUCUAAUCUUUUUGGUUCCUGUACAUGA